AUGACGGCAAGAAUAGUGUUCCGUGUAUAUGUUCUGGCUCUCCUGCUCUACAGCGCAGUAACUCAAAAAUGUCCUGCAGGUGGUAGAUCCGAGAGCUCCAUUGUGGGCUGGAUGUUACGAGGACACGUGUACGAUACUCUUCUCGCUGAACUUCCGUUUACGUGCGUAUUCAAGUGUCGCGAAGACAAUCGAUGCCAAAGUUUUAACUGGGUUAUCUCUCUUCUCACGUGCGAGUUUAACAACAGGACAAAGGAAGCCAGGCCCGAAGACUUCAUUCCAAACCAAGACAGAUCUUACUAUCGACGCGAUUUACAACGAGGUAAGCCAUCAUUAAGUGCCGGGGGUAAUCUUAUAUAUCAAAGAGCUAAGAAAUUUCAAUGCAUGAAGUAUAUGAAAGCGUAGGAAAGUUAGUCAUCUCUUCAGGCCUAUAAAAUGGCUUAAAGGAGCGAACAGAUGCAUUUUAUGCGAGUGAGAAAAAGCGACGGGUAUUUUUCUGGUUUUGUGCUUAUUCAUGAGCAUUUACAGAGCAUUUACAUUUACAGAGCAUUUACAUUUACAGAGCAUUUACAUUUACAUUUACAUUUACAGAGCAUUUACAGCACAAAACUCUUUAUGAAGUUAUAUAAGCCCGGGGCUUUAACGUUGAAUUUUACGGUAGUUCUGAAAUAGGUAUGUUCAAUAGGUAGCAUUCGUGAAUGGAAGGAAUACGAAAGGGGUACCUUUUUUGUCAAAAACGUUAUGUAAAAGGGUAAGGCGUUGGACCUCGGGGCGGAGCCUCCCUGUAUAAAACUUUGUUGAGUAGCGCCCCCUGCAUAAAGUAAAAACUAUGUAAGGGUAAACUCAAACUGAUAUUAAAGAAUUGUUUUUUAACCUUUCAGUUCCCCUUGGUUCAAUUCAAGAACUACCAGCUGAGACUUGUGACGAAAUAAAGAGGAGUGAAGGACACGCUGUUAGCGGGAAAUACUGGUUUUCCACUAUAAAAUCUGGUACAUCUGUCUUGGCUUAUUGUAAUACGGAGACCAAUGGUGAGUUUAGUCAGUUAUAUAAUCGGCGACCGCCGUUAAGCUGAUUGUGCCCUCUGAUAGGUUAAUUUAUGAUUAUUAGACAACUGACUUAAAUGUUUCAUAUUUAGUCACAGAUGUGGCGACUGAUGAAAAAUUAACCGAGAGAUUUAAACUGAUAAGACCCGAAGAAAAAAAGAUAAAUUUAAAAGGAAAAAAAGACUCAUUUCACGACGGAAUGAGUACUCCCAGCGUCACAUGUUAGGGCCUGCAUGAGAAAAUGCCCUUCAAUAAUUUUUUUCAUCAAUCAAUAUGUUUGUUGUUCUAGACAUUGACGAAUGCGGUGCUUCUACACCUGUAUGUGACAUCCAUGCCAACUGCUCCAAUACUCGUGGAUCGUAUACCUGCACCUGCAGGGCAGGAUAUACAGGCGAUGGAAAAACUUGCCAAGGUAGGAUAAAGGUCGAUUUACUGUGAUAACAACGAAGAUGGCAGAUUCCCAGGGACUUGUGACAACCAGUAAAAAUCGUCAAUCCAUCGAAUCCAGUCCGUUUAUAUACCGGCAGUGCAUGACAUCAUGCCUCGGGUUAUACUUCUGUUAUUAGAAACUUUUGGGUAAAUGUAAGUGUAUACAAAUUCUUUAAAAGGCCGCGCAUUAAGAAUUAAGACGUCUGAGGUCCGUUAUUUGACCGCGAAAAGUAAUGCUGUACGUACUUAGUAGUGUACCUAGCUCAGUAGAAAAAAAAAAAGAACAAAAUUAUAAAGCAACAGCAACCGGGAGAUUUAAACUGAUAAGACACGGAGAAAAAAGGAUAAAUUUUAAGGGAAAAAAUGACUCAUGCCACGAAAGAAUGGGUACUCCUCGCGUCACAUGUUAGGGCCUGAGUUUAAAUGCACCUCAAUAAUUUUUCAUCAAUCAGUAUGUUUGUUGUUCUAGACAUUGACGAAUGCGGUGCUUCUUCUCCUGUAUGUGACAUCAAUGCCAACUGCUCCAAUACUCGUGGAUCGUACAUCUGUACCUGCAGGGCAGGAUAUACAGGCGAUGGAAAAACUUGCCAAGGUAGGAUUAAAGGUUGAGUUACUGUGAUAACAACGAGGAGGGCAGAUUCCCAGGGACUUGUGACGACCAGUAAAAAUCGUCAAUCCAUCGAAUCCAGUCCGUUUAUAUACCGGCAGUGAAUGAGAUCAUGCCUCGGGUUAUACUUCUGUUAUUAGAAACUUUUUGGGAAGCCUGGCGGAAAACAGCCGACAUUUGGCGACGCUACCACCGGUUUCCCCACCAAAUGGUGUCUGAGAAACGAGCGCAGAAAUUCCGUACUGAUCACCUGUUACUACCCAGAUCUGGGUAGUACUUCUGAUUGGUCGUGCAGCGUGGGAAAUUUGAUUAAACCAAUCAGAAGCACUACCCAGAUCUGGGUAGUGACGCGUCAUCAGUAUGAAAUUUCUGCGCUAGUUUCUUAGACGUCAUUUGGCGGGUAAACCGGUGGAAGCGUUGCAAAAUGUCGGCGUUUUCUCAAGCAACUUUUUGGGUAGAUGUAAGUUUAUACAAAUUCUUUAAAAGGCCGCGCAAGAAAUAAACCGUUUGAAGUCCGUUGUUUAGCUGCGAAAGUAAUGCUGUAAUUACUUAGAGCGCACCUAGCCCAGCAGAAAAAGAAAAACAAAAUUUUGAAGCAACAGCAACAGAGAGAUUUCAACUGAUAAGACAUGGAGAAAGACAGAUAAAUUUUAAGGGGAAAUGGGUACUCCUCGCGUCACAUGUUAGGGCCUGAGUUAAUGCCCUUCAAUUUUUUUUUUUCAUCAAUCAAUAUGUUUGUUGUUCUAGACAUUGACGAAUGUGGUGCUUCUUCUCCCGUAUGUGACAUCAAUGCCAACUGCUCCAAUACCCGUGGAUCGUAUAUCUGUACCUGCAAGUCAGGAUAUACAGGCGACGAGAAAAUGUGCCAAGGUAUAAUAAACGUCGUUUUACCAUGUGAUAACAACGGAGAUGGCAGAUUCCCAGGGACUUUUGACGACCAGCAGAAAUCGGCAAUCCAUCGAAUCCAUUCCGUUUAUAUACCGGCAGUGCAUGACAUCAUAUGCCUCGGGUUAUACUUACGAGAUAAUUAUGAGAGAUCUAUGAAAAACGUUGAAAAGUUCUGACGUGGAACCCCGUUGAGGAAAUUCAGACUGUUUUCAACGGGGAUCGAACAAAGUUGAAUAUUUUCAUUAUUAUUAUUUCAUUUUAUUUUGUUUGCAAGGAGCCUACGAUAGAUCCUUGUGGAACUCCAAUAUUUUUGUUUUUCUAGACAUUGAUGAGUGCAGUGCUUCUUCUCCUGUAUGUGACGUCAAUGCCAACUGCUCCAAUACUCGUGGAUCGUAUAUCUGCACCUGCAAGGCAGGAUACAACGGCGAUGGAAAAAUUUGCAGAGGUAGGAGAGAAUAAUUAGCUAAUCUAAAGGACAGUUACUUUACUGUUAUAACAUUAAUUAUAGAAGUUUCCUAAGGACGUGCGACAUCGUAGCGUUCAAAAUGGUGGAUAAUGAGUCCGGCAAUCCGCUAAAUCCGCCGGUAAAUUUUCGUAUCCAGCAUUGUUUGACGUCAUACCUCAUGUUAUGCCUUUGCUGGAGGCUAUAGCAAGGAGCGAGCAACUUCCUUGUACUCUUAUCAAGGCGCUUUCACCGACGAUUUUGGCGUGAAUUUAGGUCUCUCAAACCAGUCAGCAAAACGAAAAUGUCUGAAAAUGGCAUUUUUGACCUUUAAAUAACUCUGUAUCAUGAGCCGCCACUUAAGACUGAUGCGCUACCUCACUUUCGUCCAACGUGCAAAUAGCGUAAAUUUAAAUCAUCUAGCUCAUAAUAAGGAUUAGAUUUGAAUAAGGAUGUAGGACAUUACAUUCGUUGUUUUAUUUUUCUUUCAAAAUAUUUCUUAAUUCUUAUUUAACAAUUUCACCUCAUCGAAGACUUUCCUCAAAUCUUUGGCCUAUUUCUCGGCACAGUCUUGCAGUGCUCCCCAAAAAGUAGAUAACAUCCAUCUAGUGAUUUGUUUUGUGUAUUCUUGCAAUUCUUCCGUUCAGUUUUAGUUUAAAAUUCAGCUGUUCCGGAUAGUCGUGAACGCCUUUUUUUUCAGAGUUCACUGGUGAAUAAUCAGCUAGGCAGCCGCACCUGGAAACGAUGUUGAUCAAUUUUAUAUUUAUAAGAUUCGAGCAUUAUACCUUCGAUUUUAUAGCAUAUUGCUCCAUCCUCCAAACAUGGUAAACGCCAUUUGAUUAGGGGCUUUGACCCAAUCAGAAACGGCGAAAUAUUUUUAAUGAAUGAUUGUAAUUAACGUAUUUUAUUUACGGUAUUUCAUGUUACAAGUUGUUCAUUUAUGUUCAGAUGAGUGAAACAAGCUGUAUACAAACAAAACGAAAGAGAAAACAAUACUGUACUGUGAAACUCGUCAAAUAAGUUCGUCAACUCACGUUUUUUAAUGUAAAAAUCGAAAAAUUUGUGGGUGGCAAUCUUUCGCAUUUCCGGUGUCUGGCAAGUUGGAUGGUAGAAUUUAAUUACAAGUGUCCGUUUAAUACAAGUUGGCAACAAUAGAAAUGACCAUUCAGAUACUCUUUAGGUGUCCACGUCCGCUUAAUAGAGGUAUCCGCUUAAUAAAGGUUUCAUAUAAAGUCAAUAAGGGAAAUAAAUUUGGGGACUUCGGCUACUGUCCUCUUAAUAGAGGGUAUCUGCUUAAUACGGUGUCCGCUUAAUACAGAUUUCGAAAAAAUUGUUACCUGAAUCACUUUUUCUUUUCCCUUCCCUUAUAUCAGGUUUUGCAGAGGGACUGACUGACUCCGUUAUCGUAGGAGAUAAUGUGCAUCACUUAGCUAAUUUAAGCACAUGGCUCAAACCAGUCGCCCAAAGCGAAUCUUCAAAAUGGAAGCGCUGUUGGCGAGCGUCCGUGGAUGGCUGGGCUGCCAGUACUUUUCACAGCAGAUGUGACAACAAAGGACCAACUGUAACAAUAAUAAGAGUCGGAGGGACGUACAUAUUUGGAGGGUACACUAAGAUCUCAUGGAGUGGUAAGUGAUCUUAUUUUUAACAGUCUAAACACCAUACAAAGCCGGCCACCCUUUAGUAUCACACCGAGGAUGCGCAUACUAAGCUGGAGGUAUUGUUGGCGUACGGACCCCCGACCGUCCCCUCUCCAACAAUACUCUUUACUUACUUUCUCCAUUUCAACAAAACAAUGUUUGGGAAUUCGGGUUUGUAUGUUUAACAACAAUUAUGUAGGCUUAUUUCAUCAGGGAAUCGUAUUCGUAUUCGUAAUCGUAACGUUGUUUCAUGCAUGGUGGUCCGAUUGAUACUCCACUGUAUUAAGAAAAUUAACAGCUUUUUAAAGAACAACAUGAAUUUAAAACAAAUGUAAUGGGAAAAUGAUGAAUAUGGGUGUUGGAGUGGGUUAGGGCUAAGUAUUUACGAAGACGACUUCCUCUCUGAUUUUCUUUUAAAAAAGCGCAAAUAAGGCGAAGUCAGUAGUAUACAACGUGAAGAAAGUUCUAUUACACAGGGAUGAGUCAGCUUGUCACUGAUGACUUUCACCGUUGUAUAUAAGCGGUUAUAUUCUUCUAAUAUUUUACCAGCCGCAACUCGGCCAGGAUUUUCUGCAAGCCAUGUUAGUUUUGAUUUUUGAGCUAACUUAAAUGGGUGCGGCUGGAACUUCAAACUUAGCGGGUGGAACUUCGGGAGUUGCAUCAGCUUUCUCUUCCAUACAUAAUAAUUUUAAAAAGUUAUGUCGUAAAAUUCUUAGACAAGGAAUUUUGCUGGUUCUUCGUAAAGUUAUUGUCCAGGUUUUUUCGCAGUUUUUUUUUUUUUUUGCAACCAAGAGCAGGCGGCCGCAGCGCACUGCCGUAAUACCACCCCACAGACGGAAACGCCGAGUUAAUUAUAAAAAAAAAAUCUCCUUGCUUAUUGUAUGUCCGUUUGCAAAGUUUCCACGACAACGCAGAGUUAAUUAUGAAUUCUUCUUGCAUGUCCUUUUGCAAAGCUUCCACGCUAUCCACUUUGACGAACAUACCAAUGGCUUUUCUACCGAGAAUCAAAAAGCUCUAUUAUAAUCGAUGUUUUGGUGGUCUUGCGCCAAGUCGUACGCCUCAUGCAAUUUAUAAAAUUUCGCCACAUCUUCGUCUGAAAGGAGUUUCUCCUGUUAAUGAGUUGGGACCCGGUCACCUCUUUGAAUUUUCCCGUGGAAACUUGUAAGCAUUGCCAGUUUUUCGCGUUGUUCUGAAAUUUUCUUGGCAGGUAGCGAAAUAGGUAAAUCUGAGGGUAUCGAGUUAUCGAUGGGCUACACUGUGACAAUACAGGAUAUGACAACCUUAGAAAAAUUUAUCUUAAUCAACACUCUCCACCAAUGCCAAAGUGUAUUAACCUCCCCUAGCGAGAUCACUCACAAUCAGUCAAUAAAAUAUAAUAAUCUUGACCAAUGAAGUCAAUGUUGCCGUCGUAGCAGUCGACCUAAGCAAAGCGUUUGACUCGGUCUGUCACAAUCUCCUUUUGGCCAAGCUUAAGGCGUAUGGGAUGGCAGAUAGUGCUCUGGACUCGUUAGCCGCCUACAUUAAAGGUCGACAACAAAGAUUCAAGAUACAAGGAACAUUUUCACAAUGGAAAGACAUCAGUGCUGGUGUUCCCCAAGGCUCUCCUCUUUUCCCUAUCCUGUUCAAUAUCUUUUAAAGCGUCUUAAAUCACUUUGCUCAAAUACCUCGGUAAGAUUAUACGCGGAAGAUAUAACUAUGUAACUAUACUGCUGAUACGUCUGCAGCCGUCUUAAAAUUUGUCACCAAUUAACGAUGCCUUAAGCUCCUUAUCGGACUGGUUCAAUGUAAAUUAUCUUAUAAUAAACCCAGACAAGACACAAGCUCUCGUCCUUGGUCAUUCAAAUUAUGAAUUCGCCCUCCGAAUCGAUAAUGCGUCCGUAACUGUUUCUGAACACUUAAAAAUUUUAGGAGUAACUCUGGACAAAAAGCUUGCUUUUAAGGAACAUAUUUCUCUCCAGUUGGAAAAGGAGUUAGAGAACGACAGCAGCACUGAGACGAUCACUUCGCUUUCUCCUGUUCGAAACUAUGAAAAGGCUUUACAAGGCAUUUCGAGUACUGUGCGCCUACUCUAAGGAAUUGGAAAGGGCCAGUCAAAGUCUAUAGCUUUCUAUUUGGCCAAAUCGUUCUCUUAUGAUGCAAGCGGCUGGUAUUCAAUUCUUAGAAUACCGCAGAAUUUUCCUAUCAUUAGUCUUGUUUUUUGGGUGUCUAAAAAUUGAUGCCCCCGAAUAUCUAUAAGCUUUUUUUAUGAUACGUAAAUGCGUCAAGAAUGAUUUGCGAGGCUUUGGCUUCAAGGUGCAACAACAAAAUAUCUCAUCAUCAUUGAACAUCAUGGCUUCGGCAUUCUUUCAAUCAUGUAAUACAUGUAAUUCGCAUCUGGAACAAUUUGCCAUCAGAAGUUCAUCAGUCUGAGGAUCUCGCGACUUUUAAAAAAACAUUUAUUCAAAUCGAAACCUUCCUUAGACGUCAAUUGUAAAUGCUCAUUAUAAAUUACAAAUGUGUUAAUACUUUUUAAUUGUUACUUGUAUUUUAUAUAUAUUUUUAGAUCCUUUUUACACAAUGUAUCAUUGCAAUUUUUUAUAUGUAAAUAAUAAUUAUUCCGGGAGUUUGUAUAGGUUUUAAAUUAUCCUUCCUGAGCUCCUCGUGAUAAAAUAGACUAUGCAGUAUGUCCGUCUAUGUCUGUCACAAUGUACUGAUCUUAGCGCUCUCUCGUAGAGUCUUUCAAUCUUUCUCCUAUCAGAUUUUUACAAAAGUGCCAGACCGUCUGACAAUAAGUUAAUUGUGGCAAAAUAAAAGAUUUGUAAUUUCUAAGCUUUGAUAGUAAUGUUGAUAUUAAAAUUUUUAGUCUCACCAGGACCCCUAUUUUCCUAGAUACUCUUUUAGAUAGUUCAUCUACGGGGCUAGUAAACUUCAGAUGUUCAUCAAAAGUGACAUCUAAUAGCUUCACUGCUGGACCACUUUCUAAAUAUUUGUCGAGGACUUAAAUUUGAUCUUCAUUACUUCGUUCAUGUAGCCCUGCCUUAAACUAAUCGACUGAGAAUUUGUAAGGAUUACACUUCAACAAAUUGAAUUGGUACCAAUUUGAGAUUCCCUUCUCUCGUUUGUUGGGGUCCUUUCCACCUCUUCCACCUUCUCACUAGCAACAUACAUUUGAUGGUCAUAUGCAUACAUCUUGAUGCUGCUUUUGUCAGUGUUGUAUACGGAGUCGUCCUCGAAAACAUUCAAAAUUUGAGCCUUGGCGCAUCCUCUAAACAUUUCUUUCCAUUCGCUUGAAGUCUCAGUUGAAAUUCUGACAUCAUUCCGAUGUUUGCGUUGGUGAAACCAUAAUAUUAUGCCCUCAGCUUCGCCAAUAAAACUGCAAUUGUAAAAUGUGGGCGCAGUACGUUGAGUUUAAAAUAGAAAUAAGGUAAAAUCUAACAUUGUUAUUUGCUGCGGUUCUAAGAAUAGCAGCAAAUUAUUGUUUUCACGGUUCCAGCUUAUUGACAGCUGUCACGGAGAGUCAAGUAUAAAAGGGCGGGAUUUUACUGAGGUGAUCAUUCUAAGCUGACAUCGCUGCCUGAAUUUCGUUUGUCAAUGCUUUUUUUUCUUUUGUGUCAUUUGAAUUUAUUGUAGUUCGUCGUUGAUGUACUCAUAAUUUUGUAUUCCAGUUCAACCUCUCUCCCAAGAGAUUCCUGUUACGUGUCUGGCUCUGCUUUCGGGAGGGUUCAGGUUUUCUCCUUAGUUAUAUAAGGGGGCUUUUCCUGACCGGCAGCUGCACGAUAUCGUCUUUAUAACAUUAUCGAUCAAAGAAUUUUACUUAUUUUAGAACUUUUUACAUUUUUCCUGCUUCACUGCCUUUGCAGUACUUAAGUGUUUGUAUUUGUCCAAAUAAACGGGGACGGAUGUUCGCAUUACGCUGGGCUUCUAUCCAGUACAGCAGUCAGUUUUCCUAUUCAUUGUUUUUCACUGCUCACCCUUUCAACAGUAGGGAAUAGGGAAAACUUAAACUCUAUUUAUUUUAUGUAAGCAACCUUACACAAGCCUUGUGUGAGGACUCUUACACAAGGCUUGUGUAAGGUUGCUUACACAAGGCUUGUGUAGGGACUAUUACACAAGCCUUGUGUAAGGACUCUUACACAAGCCUUCUGUAAGUAUCUUACACAAGCCUUGUGUAGGGUCACAAGCCUUGUGUAGGGACUCUUACACAAGCCUUGUGUAGGGUCUCUUACUCAAGCCUUCUGUAAGCACCCUUACACAAGUCUUCUGUAAGGACUCUUCAUACAAGCCUUGUGUUAAAUACUUACACAAGCCUUGUAUAAAGAGUCUUACACAAGCCUUCUGUAAGCCUUCUUACGCGUUCUGUAAGUAUCUUACAAAAGGCUUGUGUAAGCUCUCUUACGCGUUCAGUAAGAACUCUUACACAAGCCUUCUGUAAUUAUCUUAGGAAAGCCUUCUGUAAGUCAUACACAAAAGACAACAAAAACUUUUUACAUACUUUUUAAGUGUUAAAGAAGGCGUUAGUAAGAAGGACUUUUAGUAAUGAGCUAUUUUAAUUAAAUUGCGUUAAUUAGUGACACGGCAACUAAAAUAGGGUAAUUUUAGUGCAGUGGAAUAUGUAAGGUCUGGUAUAUUAUAUUCUGUUACUGUUCUUAUAUAAGGUUCUGUGCCCAGCGGCUAAGAUUGAUCCUAAUUAUUAACUUAUCCAAGGCCUUCGACACUGUAAAUCAUGAUAUCCUACUUGGUACGAUACUUGCUAAUCUAGAGUUUUAUAGGGUUCGCGUUUCUACUUUACAGUGCUUCAAGAGUUGUCUUCGUUUAGAACUCAGUUUGAACGGGACUUUGUAUGGAUAUAAUUCCUUCUCUAAAUAUACAUUAUUGUCGAGUGCCCCAAGGACCGAUUUUAGGUCUAGUAUGUUUUUGUUAUACAUCAAUGAUUUGUGCAAUGUGUCAAAGGCCUUCGAUUUCAUGCUAUUUGCCGAUAAUACUAACAUAUUUUGUUCUCGUUAAGACCCAAAUCAACUGAUGGAAAAUUGUGAAUUCCAAAUUGAAGAAAUUACCAAGCUGGUUUCAGGCUAUUAAGCUCUCUAUUAUUUUUCUAGUAUUCUAAGCAUUACAAAUGAAGUUUAUGCCUUAAUAAGGACUCCUUAUUGUAAGUACUUUCUAUUGUAGUUUACAAAAGUCUGCAGCUGAAAUUAUCAGUAAAAUAUCAAACGUUUACAUACUCUUUAUCAACGGCUUAUUAGGAUAGUUUUCAGGAGUACUUUUGAUGCAAAUACCAAUACCAUUUUUAUGAGCUUACGGAUUCUAAAAUUAGAAGAUAUUAUCAAACUUCGAAUAGGCAAAGUUAGGUAUAUUACAAAAAUGGCCUUCUUCCUGAUAGUUUCAAUAACAUACCAGCAGAGGGGGAUAGUUUGAGCUGGACCACACCCAAGCCGUGAAUGUGAUCACUUAGGGACGAGUCAUAAUUUAAGUUGGAGGGGGGAGUGGAGGAGAAAUUGUUUUUUAUUCAAAAUUUUUUCCGCACCCCCACUAAUAGCACCCAUGUUUUUUAGGUACCCCCCCUUCAAUCAUGUUAAAAGAUUUAAGGGCCCCCCUUUCUUAUACAUAAUACCCAAAUGGUAAUAACAAAUAACAUUUUCUUUACUUUACCGUUCUUACUCACUGUCACUUUCGGAUGUGCCAACUAACAACAGAGAAGCACUUCACACUAAACUGAGAAAGAGAUUUCACCUAGAGCCUCUCAAACAGCUUAUAGAGCAAGGAUAUAUCAGUGAUUGUGUUAUAAUUGAGAUAAGACAAGCCAUCGAAAGGUGAGAGGCCGACAGGACCGCUUCAAGGAAGAAAGAAAAUAAUCAGUCAAAGCUUACUGCUUUUUAUAUGAGCAGUACAUGCUCUAAUAGCAAAAAACUUGACGGUGACACAGACAGUGAGUCCACAUCAACCUCAUCUACAAAUAAUGAAUGGGAUAGUGAGAUUGCAUAACAUGACUUUAUGCACGUAAUCAUUUGUUAAAAUGCUGAUGAAAUUGUUUCAGUGUUACACAAUAAUGGAUGUUGUGUUGAUGCACCUACUAUUUGAGCAUUAAAUCUUUUUGUAAAAAAGCUGAUUAAAUUGUUUUAGUAUUACACAAUAUAGGACUUUGUGUAAAACUGAAUCAAAAUCAGGUCCUUUCAUACUCAAACAUCGUGCUGCUCAGUACGGAUGCUACUUAAAAGAAACUUAAAGACCCCCCAAGGUCAUCUUUUGGCAUUUUAAGGCCCCCCAUAUUCCAUCCAAAAAAAAUUGAAGGCCCCCCAAUUUUUGUAGAGAGGAUGUCUCUCUGAGAAUUCAGAUCAGAAGGAGUGAAGAUCGGCGACUCUGAAUUGACACAGAGUUUGAAGCAGGGACUCCUAGCGGUUACGGAAAAUCUCAAACAAGAAGGUCAGCUUGUCCUAAAAGGUGCAGCGAAAGUUUUUCUACAGAGAAUGUCAAUUAGGUUAUCUGGGCUAUCCCUUUGUCCCUCUAUAAUGAAGUGCUGGCAUCUAACAGGUUUACACUGCCCGUCCUGCGAUAUUUAAUGUCUAGACUCAAGUCUGGCCAAUAUAAUUGCUGACCUACAACAACUAGACAGAGAAAUAAGAAAGGUGAUCACCUAGAGCGGAGGCAAACACCCCUUAGGAUCUACAGAACUGAUGUACCUCCCUGGGAAACACUGAGGAAGAGGCGUUAUAAAAGUCAGUGAAGGAAUAAUAUAUAUUGACUAAGAUCAAAGCGGCGGUCAAGCUGUACACUAACCAGACCCCGUAAUUCAGGUGGUUAGAAGGUAUGAAGAGACUGUUGAGGAAAGUGGUCGACGAGCGUUAAUUAAAGAUGCCAAGAAAUAUGCCCAGGAACUGGGUUUGGAACUUCAACCCAAUUCCCGUUACUAAAACAGAUGAGGUGAAUGGAGCGUUAAUUGGGAGAUGCGCCAAGAAAAAAAUUAGUGAAAAAGUGAAUAGAAGAAGUUAACAGUGAAAACUGGCCACGAAACUGCUAGUGGCAACGAGGUGGAAUGACAACGACUUGGACGGUGACUUUUUUGCGUGGCUAGCAGCCUGGAGAUCAGUCAGCCGUCUAGUACCAUCGCUGGCGCACAGGAGUUGUACCAGUGGCUCCUUUCAAUGAAAGUUUAUCAACAUGAGAAGAAGGAUUGAAUCCAUUACCUGAUGUCACAUGCUGAAUAGUCCACGCCGCGCGUGCUGGCUGGCUGCUCGGCGCUGGCGCAGACCAAAUACCUCGCUCGGCACAAUUCUCUUUGAGUUGCUAAAAAAACCUGACAAUAUUCCCCCUUAGUUUUCUCCUACCGAACCAAAACCAGUAGGCCAAAACCAGAGAACUAAGGCUUAUUGGGAUGUGCUAGUUUAUGCACAGAACACUGAAGUCAGAGUAAACACAAUGAAUGUCAGAAUAAUUAAUAAUGAAGAUAAGAAAGUCACACUACUAGAAAUGAGCUGCCCUUGGUUGGAAAACAGAGAAGCAAAGGAGUCGGAGAAGAUCAUGAGAUUGGCGCCACUUAACUUCGUCGGUUUUGAGCUCAAGAUGCAGAAGUGACCCAGGGGUGAUGAUAUCAUUGAGGUGCAUCUAUGAACACGGCUAAGAGUAUAAAGGCUUUGAUCAGAGAAAGGCCAGGAAGGAAGACACUAAGGAAAAUGCAGAAAAGUGUUUUGUCACACUCUUUGAACAUUGCAAGAUCAUUUAAAAUCCUUACAUAGCUUUGAGCUAUGUUUUAAGAGACUUGAAAGUUAUGAUUAUCUUAUAAGGCGUAAUCCAAUUUAACUUUUAGCAAUUUUUAGGCAUUUUUUAAGUACCUUUAGGCAACUUUCAACACAUUUUCUGUAACUUUUAGUUGUUGUUUUAAAUACGUUUUAGGCAAUUUUCUGACUUAUUUUUCUGGACUUUUUUUAAUAAGAGGCAAAGGAACUUGAAUUUUUUUCUUAACAUUUUUAAUGAAGUUUAUUGGUUGUACAUAAUAUCUAGAUUUUAAGAGUGUUCCAGAUUUUAGAUUUAGUCCACAGAUUAUAAAAUGCACCCGGUGUGUGUGUGUAUGUGUGUGUGUGUUUUUUUUUUGUCACUUAAGAGCUUUGAGAAGUUUUUACUGCCAUAAUAAUAAUAAUAAUAAUAAUAAUAAUAAUAAUAAUAAUAAUAAUAAUAAUAAUAACAAUAAUUAUAAUAAUAGUAAUAAUAAUAAUAUAUUUUUUAAUAAUAAUAAUGUCGAGCUAGAUUCGCGGCUACCGCUAGCAGCCUGCAGACCAAAACAAGACAAUAAAACAUUUUAUAAUUUAGUCCCUUUAUUACCAAAACGAGGAAUUUACAUUAGGGUCUGUACUUCUAUCUUUUUUCUUUUCUUAUUUUCCCAACAGGUUCCGGCUGCCAAGCUCGAUAUGAUUCCCAGGCAUUUCUUUUCUCGCUGGUUAACAAACCAGGAUGGGCGCCUGUGAAACUGCCUCAGACAGGGCAACAUAGUUCUAACGACAAUUCCAUAUACGACUGCUCGUCUUAUGGACCUAUUUUCGGAGGAGGCCAUGACAUUAUCAUUUACAACUACGCGCCAUCUAGUGGCAGUUCCAGUACCAACCUUGGCUAUAGCUACAGCCCACCGAGCGGGUACAACUAUGGAGACACCUUCACCCAGAAUUUUUUGGCAGGCACUUACAACUUUACUCCAGACGAAUUAGAAAUAUUCUACGAAACUACCUAA